AUGGACGAGCAGGAGGCGAACGAUGGAGACUGGGGCAAGUACGGCUCUCCACCGAGCGACGAAUAUAUGGGUCACGUCGUGGAGAAAGGUUUCAAGAAGCACCCGUCUCUCCACAGCCCUGAGGGCAUGCCGCAGUGGGAGUUGCACCAUGUCCUCGUUGCGAGCUCCAAGGACGCUCUCCAGAUAGCUCCUCAAGCUCAUAUGAUCCGGGCCGGGAUGAAAGGUCCCCGCCGCGCGGCUUUCUGGAUGCUAUGGCCUGCAGAGUGGGAGGACUUCGGCGAUCCCGACUACGCCUGCUACGUGGAGCGUCAUGCGAUGUUCGCUGCCAUGCGUGCCUGCGAGGCAGCUGCCAUCCGCAGCAUUUUCCCACAUCCAGCGGACCAGUACGAGCUCAUCACCUCCAAAUCCUGGAUGGCGACGCUCUCGCUCCAUCCAGGAGUACGACUUCCAGCUGCUACCCUGGUGAGCAAGGGCGCUGUGAAGGUGAACGUGGAGGCAGCUGCAGAGAACGCGCUCCGAGCUCUGCACCACAUUCGGAGGAUGAAUCCUUUCCCGGUUGAGGAUGGAGACCCCCCGGCGCCGUCGGCUGUCAACAAGGACGGUGUUGUCAAGGGCGUGGUGAAGCUCGGCUGGAGCUGGGAGAACCGCUUCGUCGUCACCUUCACCAGCCCGAAGCACCUGCAGGCGAGACUGAAGGAGAUGAUGAAUCAGCAGGGCUGCCUGGCCACCUACUGCGUGGUACAGGAGUGGGUAGAUUUUGAUUUCGAGAUGCGGCAGUACUACCUGCCACCACCGACAUGGCCGGCUGAGCAUCCCAUCCAGCCGACCAUGAUACAGUGCAAUGCUUGGGGCCCGUCGGAUGACUCCAAAAAUGUGGGUGUCUCGAGAGCGAGCUUCUCGAAACUCACGGAGGCCAUGGUGUUAGACAAGUGGGACGGCGACAGAGAAGCAUGGGAAAUGGCCAAGGAGAAGGCCACCAGCAUCGCUCAGAUUCUGUUGGCCUGGCUGCUCUCCGCAGAGCACCAGCCGAUACCCUCCAUGCGCCUGGACUUCAUGGUCAAGCGCAUCGGCCCGGGCAAGGCGAGAGUGAUCUUCGGCGAAUACUGCGAGCAAGGCGCCUGCGUCCUCGGCUGGCUCGAGGGGCCGCCCACGCUGUAUCUGCUGGAUGCUGCCGGAGACGAUGCCCCACGCCUGGUGGAGGCCCUCAGGAGCAAAGAUGUGGCCAGUGCCGCCUGCAGUCCAAGCGGUAUGGUCCUGGUCGUCACCUCCGCAGGUUCCGUCUACAAGCUGAACAGUCCUGCUGGCGUCCAGGAGAAAGCCGCCCAGGGCAAUGAGAAAGCGGCUGCUCUUAUGGCCGCCUCUAUGCUGGCUGCUUUUGGCCGACUGGAGCAACUGCCGCUGCCGGUUCAGAUCACUCGCGCCGCAUGCGGGAGAGAGCAUUCGCUGCUCCUCAGUCUUCAAGGCCUCGUCUUCUCUUUCGGCGAGGGACGACGUGGACAGCUUGGUUUGGGCAACGUGCAGAGCGCAUCCACGCCCACCUGCUUGGAGGCUCUGGCCCACCUGCAAGCCUCGGACAUCGCUGCCGGAAGUGUCCACAGCUGCACGGUGACUACAUUCGGCAAUGUCUUCACUUGGGGUGACAACCGGACGGGCCAGCUGGGAGAUGGCACCCUGACUGACCGAGACGUCCCUGGCCUUGUUGGUGACAUACCAGGAGCCACAGCUGUGGCUGCAGCAGAGGCUUCUGCAGUGCUUGCGAAGAAUGGCAGCUUGUGGGCAUGGGGGUUUGCUGGAAUUCACCAGCCACAGCACGUUUUCCUGGGCCACCGCUCGGCAAGGAGUCUGGCGCUGUCGAGCCAGGUGCUGUGCUGCUGUACAGUGUCUGGCGAGCUGCUGAUGGUGAAUCUGGCAAACGCAGCACCUGGAGCCUCCAGCCAUCAGCUGUUUGAGGAGGCCUGGCUUGCUCAUGAUGGCGUAAGGUUUGCGGCGGCGUCCUCCAGCUGUGUCGUGGCGCUGUGCCAGGACGAGGUGCCGGAGCGUCCCAAAGCCCCGAGCUCGGCGCCAGCGAGACCGGCUCCAGAAGCUUUGCCUGGAGGACGCUCAACAUCAGCCCGGGAAGCAGAGCUUGCAGCUGCCAACCAGCGGCUUGAGCGAACGAUCGACGAGCUGUGUGCUGAGCACUUCCUCGAGAUCAGCGGGCUUCGAGGCACCGCCCAGGGCCCUCGCAGCGAACCUGAAAGGAUCCUUAGCGGAAGCACCGACAGCGGCCAAGUACGAGACGACGGGAGGAAGGCCAAGCUGCUGGAAUGCAAGAGCCUUCACCAGGAGCUGGAGCAGCUAAUGGCUGCCAUUACGCGAGAGCUUCCGAAGCAGGCGGGGCGUUUUUAA